AUGGCUCUUGCAAUAGAACCUGGAGACCUAGAAUGCACUCUCUGUAUGAGCUUUUAUACAGAUCCUGUGAUGCUGAGAUGUGGUCACUACUUUUGUUAUGACUGUAUUGAGAAUGAGCUGGAUAUCCAGGAUAGAUCUGAAUUUUAUACCUGUCCUGAAUGCAGAAAGCAUUUUACAGAGAGACCUGUGCUGCAGAAAAAUCAGAAUCUCUGUAACAAAGUGAAUAAUUCUCUUCAAGCUGAGUCAGUAACUACAAUUUUCUGCACAUACUGUGUUCAAGAAAGAGUGCCUGCUUCUAAAACCUGCCUGCUGUGUGAAGCCUUUUUAUGUGAUAUCCACUUGAGAGUACAUUGCAAGUCAGAGCAACAUGUUUUAACCGAUCUUGGCACUUCCUGGAAGAAUAGAAAAUGCUCUAUCCACAAUAGGCUGUUUGAGCAUUAUUGCAUCAAGGAUUCCUCCUUUAUCUGCCUAAAGUGUUCUGCCUCUGGAGAUCACAUAGGGCACAAAUUAGAAUCACUGAAUGAUGCAUCCAAAAAGAAAAAGGAGAAGUAUAAAAAUCUUCUGGAGAAAAUGUCAUUUGAGUUAGAGGAAACUAAAAAAAGUGUCCAGAAUCUGCAAGAUCACAAUGAGGAAAUGCUAAAGCAAGCAAAUAAUGAAACAGCAAAAGUGAUGGUUUUAUUUAGUGACAUAAGACAGAAACUAGAAGACUUACAGGAUCGGUUACUGAGUGAGCUCAACAGACAAAAAGAACAGAUAAUCUACCCAAUUUCUGAAAGGAUAAAGCAUCUUGAAAAAAAGAUGGAGAAACAGAUUAAAACUGUGCAUUAUAUUGAGAAUCUAUGCAAAAUUGUAGACCCAAUAAAGGUAUUGCAAAUAUGGGAUACACAUAAUGGUAUUCAGGAUGCUAAGCAGUGGUGUGAUGGUGGCAGUCAAAGGGGUGACAGCACUGUAUAUAAUCCAGGUGGUGUCAAUCAUGAUCUGAUUUCAGUGAAUAUCUAUAUAGCACUAUCUGAUAUUAUAAAUGAUGUAAAGACAAGGAGAAGUGGAUAUGGGCAGGAGGCUUCAGAUAUAUUAUUGGAUAUAUGUACUGCUAGUUAUGAGAUAGGUAUAUCUGAUGAUUUAAAAACUGCUUAUCAGUCUUUGUCAUGCCAGCAGCUUCCAGAAACAUUAGACCGAUUUAAGGAUCACUCUCAGGUUUUAAGCACCAAGAGUUUUACAUCAGGGAAGAAGUUCUGGGAAGUAGAGAUCAGCGAUUCAGGAAUCUUUAGAUUAGGAGUUGCAUAUCCCAGUAUAGAAAGGAGAGGCAGACAGUCCUGUAUAGGGAAUAAUAAUAAAUCUUGGUGUUUGCUCCUUUGUAAUAAAAAUAUAGUAAGAAUACAUAAUUCACAAGUAUUCAUUGUACCUGGUGAAUAUUCUUGUAGGAGAUUUGGAAUAUACCUGGAUUAUGAGGCAGGGCGGCUGUCCUUUUUUGAGCUGUGUGAGUCUAUUAGACACUUACACACUUUCACUGCCACUUUCACUGAGCCUCUCUAUGCUGCAUUCUGGGUUAGUGAUAAAGGUUGGUUAAGAAUUGGGGUCUAG